AUGGCGCGGCAGCCGCCGAUGCGGCCCCAGAUCAUCUGCUUCGGCGACUCGAUCACGCAGUUCGGAUUCCGUCCGAACGGGUGGCUCUGUCUGCUCGCCGAGCGCUACGAGCGGUUCGCUGACGUCAUCAACCGCGGCUACAGCGGGUACAACACCCGGUGGGCGCUGCCGCUCGCCCCCCUCGCCUUCCCCCGCGCGUCCGGUGCGCACGCAGCGCCGCCCGCGCUGUCCGUCAUCAUGCUCGGCGCGAACGACGCCGCGCUGCCCGACGGCACAGCUGCGCCCCAGGCGGUCCCGCUAGACGAGUACAAGGCCAACCUGGGCGCGAUCGUCGAGUGCGCGGUGGCGGCAGGCGGGCCGGUCGUGCUCUUGACGCCCCCGCCUGUCGACACGGAGCGCCGGAGAGCGGACAGCGAGUCGACGCCGAAACGCGAGGACCGGAGCGACGCAGCAGCGGCGGCAUACGGCAAGGCCGUUUUGGAGGUCGGGGCCGGCGCGGGCGUCCCUGUCGUGGACGUCGGGGGCGCGAUGCGUGCGCAGCCGCCGGGGUGGGGUGCGCGGCUGUUGUGCGACGGCCUCCACCUGUCGGACGACGGCAACAGGAUGCUGUUCGAGACGGUGGCUGAUUUCAUCGCGACGCGGACCGACCUGGGGGCGGGCGUGGCGGGGACCGAGGGCGACGGAGGGCUGCCGAGGGACGCGCCGGACUGGAAGGACGUCAGCGCGAGCGGGCCGCGGUGGCGGGAGGUGCUUGACGGCCACGUGCGGUGGGCGCCGAGGACGGCGUCGUGA